AUGCUGACUGGGGCAACCGAGCAGGGCUGCCGAAGUUGGGCUACGAAGCGCGAGCUCAUCGAAGGCCUCAAGCUGGUAGAGGAGGGAUUUGCACGAGCUGGAGGAUGGCAGCCCGUGCAACAAAAAGGAAUGACGGAGGACUGUCAGCCGCGGCGCAUGCGCUGGCAGUUGGACAGGUCGCCCGCGUUGGUCACACCGUACAGUACAGCGUUGGAAGGUCUUAGCUCUGCGUUUUGCCGCCAGCAGAGCUGGGCAUCACGGCGGAGGCGCGGCGGCACGGGCGGCGGCUUGACGAUCUCCGGCACCAAGCAGCGGGCCGCCCGGCGUCCGCGCGGAACGCCGCGGAACGCCGCGGAUGUCGCGACGCAUCACUUCAGCCAUGUGCCCCGCGACGCAUGCCGGUCCGUGCUCGGCGGACGGCUAAAAACGGCCGACCGUCGCGAGCCACGGGACUGGGAAAAGUAUGAUGCGCCUGGAUUUGCUGUAGAUGUGUGCGAGGUGCGAGGUUUGCGCGAGAAGAACGGUGCUGAGAAAAGUCGUGAUGUGCGGCUGAGCAGUCGAGCCAUGCAGGAUGAGUAUUGCCUGGUGAUCGGCAUCAAGGAGGGGCUCAUCGAGCAUUGGAACGCACAGCAGGAGACACCGGAGAUGCAGGUUCGCCCAUGGGAUCGUCUAGUGGAGGUGAAUGGCACCCGGGCGCCUGGGCGGCAGCUCGUCUCGAAAGCCUGUGCCUUUGGGCAGCUACGACUGACCUUUGAGCGGCCGAGAAGCUUCGAGGUCCGCACGCGCAAGACGCACACCUGGGGGCUUGACAUCACGGUGGGUGAUGGAUGCCUGCGUGUGGUUGCAAUCAAGGAGGGGCCUAUCCAGGAGUGGAAUCAGGAUAAUCCAGAUCACGCCAUCCAAUGCGGGGACCGAAUUGUGGCAGUCUCCCCAGUGGAAGAGGAGGCUCCAAAGGCCUUGGAUUUGCUGCAGACCCUGCAGCAUCAUCCGGGUGAGGUGACUUUGAGAAUCAUGUCCUGGAGCAAGGAGGAUGAGUGA